ACACCCUAAUGGUGAAGGCACAGCCAACCCUUUUUCAAGCGGGAAGGGAAGGGAAGGGAAGGGAUGGGAAGGGGGGAGUACUAUUGUUAGUUUGGUUGGUUAAGAGCCGAGCGUGGCAGCGAAAGAUUGUCGCUGUCCCCUCCCCUCCAUAUGUUUAUGCUGAUAGAAUUAAAUAUUCACCGAUACCCCAUCUCCCCAUUUCGCGAAUUUCCUUCCUUUUGCUGUAAUUUUAGUACCCUGUCCUGUUGCUCUGUCACAUUCAAUCACCCAAUUCAUUUCACCUUUCCAUCGAUCGAUCGGUCUCCCUCCCUCCCUCCCUCCCUCCCCCAUCCUCCCGAGAAAUUGCAGAUUGUUAGCCUGUAAAGCCGCGACCUUUUUUGGUGCUUUGACCUUUUUGGAGGAAUCUUGGGAGUGGGCAACAUGAUGGGGUGAGGCGGGGCUUCAGGUGUUUUAAUUAAGGCGCAAAUUCAAUUCUUGGAUUUGGGUGCCCGGGGGUUUGGUUCCUGGGAGCUGAAUUCUGAUGGGCCGGGUUGGGUUGAAGCUCUGUGCUGUUCUUGGGAGGUUCUUGAAUUUGGGGCGUCGGACGUUGUGAUCAUCUUAUCUGGGUGCAGAGAAGAGGCUCCCCGGAGCUUCAAUUUGGGGCUUUAUAGGUUGCUGAGUUGCCGGGUUCCUCGUAAUUGACGAGAUUAAUAUGUAAAACGAAGAGGGCGACAUCACAAAAUUGGAGUUUUUCUAGGUGAGUUGGGGGGGAGGGGUUCUUGAUUUUCCUAGGAUUUUUAAGGUUUGGAGGGGAUCAUCGAGCUCUCAGAUUCUGCUCGUUACACCUAAUUCUCUGUGUUUGGUUGUUGUUAGUUUGGUGCAGAAGAAAAGAACAAAGAAAAAAAAAUUCCCCUGCCUAUUUUCAAUUUUCAAAUUGUAUUGAGGUUGUUCAAGGCUAUGCCCCUUUGCUUAGUGUCUCCUUCUCGGUGAACCUUCCCCUUGAUGGUUUGUUGAUUGCACAAUUUGGGGAAGAUUGUCAAUAGAGCGAUAACGGGGAAGAUUCUCGACCAUUGAGGGCCAUGAGAUUGUUGAACCUUGUGGGGAAUUCUUUCGGUUGCUCUGCUUCAGGGGAACGCCUGGUUUCGGCUGCAAGAGAUGGUGAUCUUCAAGAAGCCAAGGCUCUCUUGGAAUAUAAUCCUCGCCUCGUGAGGUACUCGACUUUUGGGGUUCGGAACUCACCACUGCAUUAUUCUGCAGCUCAGGGUCACCAUGAGAUAGUUUCUCUGUUGCUCGAGUCGGGGGUUGACAUAAAUCUCAGGAAUUAUCGUGGACAGAGUGCUUUGAUGCAAGCUUGUCAGCAUGGUCAUUGGGAAGUCGUUCAGAAUCUGAUCCUUUUUCGAGCUAAUAUCCACCGAGCAGACUACCUCAAUGGGGGAACAGCCCUUCAUUUGGCUGCUCUGAAUGGCCAUUCUCGGUGUAUCCGACUUCUACUUGCAGAUUACAUUCCCAGCGUCCCCAAUGUUUGGAGCAUCCUAAGGAAACAGCCAAAUGAUAAUAAUGACUCUUCCCCUGAGCUCGAAGGGAGCAGUGCCCUUUCUCAGGUGAUCAACAAGCCCGCUGAUGGAGGCAUCACAGCCCUUCAUAUGGCCGCUCUUAAUGGACACAUGGAAAGUGUCCAGUUGCUCUUGGAUCUUGGGGCUUCUGUUUCCGAAGUUACUGUUGAGGACGGGACGACAAUUGAUCUUAUAGGGGCGGGAAGCACUCCUCUCCACUACGCUGCUUGUGGUGGAAAUGCGCAGUGUUGUCAGAUCCUAAUAGCAAAUGGUGCGAGUCUCUCAGCUGAAAACUCUAACGGAUUGACCCCAUUGAUGGUUGCUCGCUCGUGGCAUAGAAACUGGCUCGAGGAAAUCCUCACCAAACCACCGGAAGAACAAGGACAAACGCUUCCUUCUCCUUACAUAUCCCUUCCUCUUAUGAGCAUCAUCAAGAUUGCUAGAGAAUGUGGGUGGAGAAGCAAUGAUUCCCACCCAACAUGCCAGGAUACAUGUGUUGUUUGUUUGGAAAGGAAUUGCACUGUGGCCGCUCAAGGUUGCGACCAUGAAUUCUGCACUAAGUGCGCCCUGUACCUCUGUUCGAUGAAUAGCUCAACAACCACCCAUGGCCCUCCAGGCUCCAUCCCAUGUCCUCUCUGCCGCCACGGGAUCGUCUCGUUCACCAAACUCCCUGGGACGAGGCCCAUCCCCAAGGAGAUUGCCAGGACGAGCCUCUCGCUUGCAUUCUGCACAUGCUCAGGGGAGAUCCCUGAGCCCACAACCCUCACUACUCCGCUCUGCAAGCCUGGCGAUUCUCACUGCACGAGGAUCUCCCCGCUUGGGUCCUCGUUCCGCAGCCUAAGCUGCCAAAGAUUCCCAUCAGUCAAGCUCAACCCAAGCCUCUGCAUGGGGGCACCUGACACGAGCCCUUCCCUCAUACCCUGCACCGCGGACCGGAACUUGAGGAGCUACCUUGCUCGGUGUUCAAGGUCAAGCCUAAGACGUGCAGCCUCUCAAACUGAGGGCAGGAAGUCCUGGUUCUCCACACUCAAUCAGUGUGUAACCACGGGUGGCGGGUGCUGAGAGUAACAUCUCCCAAUCCUGGGUCCGGCUUUGGCUCCGGCUAGCCCUUGGUACAGGGAGAGAGAUGCGUCUUCUCCCACGAUUUUUUUGUUCAUAUAUAUAAAGACAGAUGAUGGUGAUGAUUCGAUUUUUCAUCUUUUCAUUUCUCGUUGUAAGAUCUUAUUGGCCUUGUAAAUAGAGAAGACAGAAUGUAUUACUGCACAGAGUGUGAUUCAUCCAACGUCAUGUCUUCCCUUGUUGUCGGAAUGAAGCAAACUGGGGCGCCCGUCUGUAAUUUUUUCC